GUCGCCAUGCCCACCGUCAGCCUCGCAAAGUCGCAACUGCUCACGUUUCCAACAGCUCCUCUUCGCGCGUCAAUGCGUCGUCACUCAUCGCCGCGGCCUCUCACCGUCUCCAUCUUCGCCGCGCCAUUGGCCAACCAGUCGCAGUCCCAUCUCGACUCUGCUUUAAACUACGCGAACCCAAUGGCGCCAAGUCAACCCCACCGGCCACUACCCCUGCUCGCUUCCUCAGAUCCGGCCUGGCGGUCUCCUCCUCCUCCUCCCCAAGCCACGAGCCAUGGAGCGGUACCGCCAAAAAUCGCGGCGCCAAGAAGAAGACGGUUUCGACGGGAGCGAUGACGACGGGGUGCUCUCGGGGUUCGUCUGCCCGAUCACCAUGCAGGUGAUGAGGGACCCUGUGGUGAUUGAGACCGGCCACGCCUACGAGCGGGAGGCGAUCGCCAGGUGGUUCUCGGAGUGUCUCGAGCUUGGCAGGAGGCCGUGCUGCCCGAUCACGAUGCAGGAGGUGUACAGGACGGAGCUCAAGCCGGUCAUGGCGCUGCGGGCUGCAAUUGAGGAGUGGACGGACAGGCGGGAAAGGGACGAGCUCCGCAGGGCCUGCCAGUGGCUGACGAAGGAUGCCUCAGAGAAAGAGGCGGUGCGGGCGUUAGGCUGUGUUAUGCACGGGUGGAGCGGAGGAAGGGUGGGCAUGCAUGUUGUGCGUAGUGUGGGAAUGAUGCAGAUGGUUGGUGGCAUGCUGAGAAGCGGCAGUGCAAAAGUGCGUCUGAAAGCGCUGGAAGCUAUUCAAGUAUUUGCCAAAGAAACUGAUGAAUACAGGGAAGCUGUGUCGGAAGGGGACACCAUUCGCACAAUCAUCAAGUUCAUCGAUUGCGAGGAUUGUCAGGAGAGGGAAUUGGCAGUGUCUGCUUUGUGUGAGCUUUCAAAGUCUGAAUUAGUAUGCGGAAAGAUAAGUGAAUUGAAUGGAGCGAUACUUAUAUUGGGCAAAGUGGCGGGAAGCAAAGCCAACGACCCAACAGUCGCUGAGAAGGCUGAACAGACACUUGAUAAUUUGGACCGGUGCGAGAAAAAUGCCGUGCAGAUGGCUGAAAAUGGCCGACUAGAACCUCUACUUAACCUGCUUAUUGAAGGUUCUCCAGAAAAGCAGCUGCUAAUGGCCUCAUCUCUAGAAAAGAUUGUUUUGUCUAAUGACCUGAAGAUCUUAGUGGCCAAAAGGGUGGGUUCCUUAUUUGCUGGUGUUGUUGAAAAGGGCAGCUUGGAAGCAAAAGAAGUUGCUUUCAAGGUGUUAGAACAUAUAUCCGCCAAUGUGGAUAGCGCUAAGGUUCUUAUAGAGGAAAGUGUCCUUCUCCCUCUUUUCCGAGUUCUCUCUAUCAAUCACGCCAAUCUCCUUCCACCGAGGUUGCAAGAGGCUGCAGCAGCAGUUCUAUCUAAUCUGGUUGCAUCUGGUGUUGACUUUGCGACAGUACCACUUGAUGGUGACCGUACUCUGGUGUCUGAAGACAUUGUUCACAGCCUACUUCAUUUGAUCAGUAACACCUCACCUCCAAUACAGUGCAAGCUGCUUGAACUUUUCAAUACGCUGAGCAGUUCCACAAGAACUAUACUAUCCAUUGUGUCAGCUAUAAAAUCUUCUGGUGCUAUCACCAACUUGGUGCAAUUUGUUGAGAGUGAUCAUCGGGAAAGCCGCAUUGCAUCCUUAAAGCUGAUAUACAAAAUUUCAUUCCACAUGGACCAUGAGAUAGCGCAAGUCUUCCGAGCAAGUCCAACUCUGCUUGGCUGCUUAGUUAAAGUUACAUUCGUAAAUGAUGGAAACACAGAUGAGCAAGAUGCUGCACUUCAAAUUCUGGCAAACUUUCCUAAAAGGGACAAGCACCUCACCAGAGAGCUAAUGGAGCAAGGGGCUUUCAAGAUAGUUGCUCGUAAGGUGUUAAGCAUCUGUCGGAGGGAGCCUGGAAGUAGCAUCUAUGAUAAUAGACUCCUUGAAGGCUUUGUAAAAGUCCUGGCAAGGAUAACAUAUAUUUUGCGAGAGGAACCACGCUGCAUUUCCCUGGCUCGUGAGUAUAACCUUGCUGCCUUGUUCACUAGCUUGCUUCGGCUGAAUGGGCUGGACGAGGUACAAGUGGUCUCUGCAAAGGCAUUAAUGAAUCUCUCGUUAGAAUCCAAAUAUCUGACUAGCACACCAAAAUAUGAUGAACCUGAACAGAAGUCUAAGCUUGCAUGGUUUCAGAGGAAACCACCAAGUAUUCAAUUUUGUCGUGUUCAUUCUGGAAUCUGCUCGAAUAGGGAUAACUUCUGUAUCCUAGAAGGGAAAGCAGUGGAGCGGCUGAUCCAUAGCUUGAAUCAUUGUAACAAGAAAGUUGUUGAAGCUUCUUUGGCUGCUCUUUGCACUGUACUUGAGGAUGGAGUAGAGAUUGCAGAAGGUGUUUUGGUGCUCCACAGGGCCAAUGGAAUUGCACCAAUAUUUGAAAUCUUGAAGGAAAAUCCGACAGGCAGUCUUCAGCACAGGGUGACGUGGGCUGUGGAGAGGAUUCUGCGCGCGGAGGAGAUUGCUAAAGCUGCUGAAACUGAUCGUAGUUUGGGAUCUGCACUUGUUCAUGCUUUCCAAAAUGGAGAUUCCAGAACACGUCGUAUUGCAGAGGCAGCAUUGAAGCACGUCGAAAAGAUACCAAUUUUCUCCGAAAUUAUUGAUAAGCGUCCCUCAAGACGAGGUUCAUCCAUUGGAAGCAUGGAACGCUUUUACAAGUUCGAUCGCUAGGUUGGUAUGAAAUUUCCAUGUAAAAGAAUUACAUAGCCUGUUUAUGCCUCGUGGACAACAUUUCUCUUAUUAUUUCUAGUUGAUAUAUUAUUUCGCUAUAGUGGGAACCACAGUUUCUUUUUUAAAAAAGUAGGCAGUUAGGCACUGAUAGUCGACUAAACAUGAUGAUGUAAAAAUCACUUUCUUUGUACCUGUAAUCUCGACAAGCAGUGUAUCUAGUGACGGU